UAUUUAAAAUAAGCCCGUGUUUUAAUUCGUGUGCAUAUAAAGUCGCUGAUGAUAUUUGUAUAUUUUAUUUGAGAAAAAACGCCGAGGAGGAAAUGAUUGACACAGCCGUCCAAUCAGGAAGCUCUAGGCAGCGAAGCCAAGACAAGCGGGCCGAGCGGCCAAUCAGAACGUAGCGCUUGCUUGCGAAGGUGGGAACCAAUGGAGAAUGGCGUACACGCGGGCCAAUCAGAGGCGCCCUUGUCGUAGUUCACUUGAAUUCCAUUGCCGUCCAUUAAAUCAUCCGACUUGGGAAAACACGGCGUUAAAAGUGGCUCCGAAUCGACCCGCUUUCCCGGUUCUGAGGGGUUCUGUGGGAUUUUGAGGCCGCUUAUGUAGCGCGGGGGUCUUCGGCGGCGCCCUGGCUUUCCGGAACGGAACAAUCGGUGGAUAAUCUUCACAACCAUCGGAAUAAUAAUAAUAAUAAUAAUAAGCCCUCUGCCUCCGGUUCGACUCUGAAUCCUCACAGAAGGCGGUUCGGAUGUGGUUUGUGUCAUGAGUCCGGCCGGCUGCUCCCACCUGAACGUCUUCAAAGUGGAUAACUGGAAGCAGAACCUGCGGGUGGUCUACCAGUGCUUCGUGUGGAGCGGCUCUGCGGAAACCAGGAAACGCAAGGCGAAGUCAUGUAUAUGUCAUAUGUGUGGAGCACAUCUGAACCGGCUCCACUCCUGCCUUCACUGCAUCUUCUUCGGCUGCUUCACCAAGAAACACAUCCACGAGCACGCCAGAACCAAGCGACACAAUCUAGCUGUGGACCUUUUGUAUGGUGGAAUCUACUGCUUUGUGUGCCAAGACUACAUUUACGAUAAAGACAUGGAACAGAUCGCCAAAGAAGAACAAAGGAAAGCGUGGAAACUGCAAGGUAUUGGGGAGAAAUAUUCCACGUGGGAACCUACCAAGAGAGAACUGGAGCUGCUGCGACACAACCCCAAGAGAAGGAAAAUAACCGCCAACUGCACCAUAGGUCUGAGGGGGUUAAUAAACCUGGGGAACACCUGCUUUAUGAACUGUAUAGUCCAGGCUCUGACCCACACUCCUCUGCUGAGGGACUUCUUCCUCUCUGACAGACACAAGUGUGAGAUGCAGGCGAACUCCUGCCUUGUGUGUGAGAUGUCACAGCUUUUUCAGGAGUUCUACUCGGGCCAUCGCUCGCCCCACAUUCCCUUCCGGCUGUUGCAUCUGGUGUGGACACACGCACGCCACCUGGCCGGCUAUGAGCAGCAGGACGCUCAUGAGUUCCUCAUCGCCGCGCUGGACGUGCUGCACCGUCACUGUAAAGACGACAACGGGAAGAAGGCCAACAACCCCAACCACUGCAACUGCAUCAUCGACCAAAUCUUCACCGGUGGCCUGCAGUCCGACGUCACCUGUCAAGCCUGCCACGGCGUUUCCACAACAAUAGACCCGUUUUGGGACAUCAGUCUGGACCUGCCCGGUUCCUCCACUCCGUUCUGGCCACUCAGCCCCGGCUCUGACGGCGGCGUGGUGAAUGGAGAGAGCCACCCCACUGGAGCGACCACGCUAACAGACUGCUUACGCAGAUUUACUCGACCCGAGCACUUAGGCAGCAGCGCCAAGAUCAAAUGCAGCGGUUGCCAUAGUUACCAGGAGUCAACCAAGCAGCUGACGAUGAAGAGGCUCCCCAUUGUGGCCUGUUUCCACCUUAAGCGCUUUGAGCAUUCGGCCAAACUCCGCAGAAAGAUCACCACCUACGUGUCCUUUCCCUUAGAGCUCGACAUGACCCCCUUCAUGGCGUCCAGUAAAGAGAGUCGGAUGAACGGACAGUAUCAGCAGCCUGUAGACUCACUAAACAAUGAUAACAAAUACGCUCUGUUUGCUGUAGUGAACCAUCAGGGCACGCUGGAGAGCGGCCACUACACCACGUUCAUCCGUCAGCACAAGGACCAAUGGUUUAAGUGUGAUGACGCCAUCAUCACUAAAGCCAGCAUUAAAGAUGUGCUGGACAGUGAAGGGUACCUGUUGUUCUACCAUAAGCAGUUCCUCGAGUACGAAUAAUUUGUGGAAGCAGAUUUGAAGCUGAACAAGUCCAGCCAUGAGAAAUGGAGUAAAUGAAUAAAUAUCAUAACGUUACUUUAAAAAACACAAACAAAUCAAAGAAUAAAAACCCCUAUAGCUAAACGGCUGAAUCCGUCUGCACUGAGUAACAGAAUCUACUUGACAGAAGGCGAAAGAAGGAGCGUCGAAACUCCUUCAGCUGUUUUUUUUCCUCUCCGUACAGACGAGCAGAGUGACGGACGGCUGGCCGGCAUUUUCGUGCUUUUUCUGCACGUUUGUUUUGUUCUCCGGCAUUUAGCGUUGAUCCCUUUCCUCCUGACCUCAGAAUGACCAAGCAUUUCAAAUCUCAAACGAUGAGGGAAGCUAUUCCUUUAUUUUGAAGUUUAUUUUGCAUUUUGGCUCUGAAUGCAGGCGAAAAGCAGACUCUGGUAUUAAAUGUGGAAAAUCAUUGUUGUUUUGAAUCAUCUGUGAAUGAGUUUUCAGAUACUGUAUAAUUGUGAGUCCAGCACAUGCUUUCCUUUCCUUUCUUUUCCAUUUGGAUGGGCAGAGCAUGAGAGAGGAGGCAUGCGGUUGUUCCUGUCUCCUCUCGCUCCAUCUCUUUUUUCCUUUGUUGUUUUAGGGCAGGGAAAUAUAUCAUGUGUAUAUAUACAUAUAUUUUUAUAAGUCAUGGAAUUCUCUUGUUUACGAUGCUUGCCCCGAACCCACCACCCUCACAAACAUCCCACACAUCCCUGUCUUUGUUAUGCUUGUAAUAAUGUCCUCAGUUUUUUUGUCAAAUGGGGAAUUCCACCACAUUUUCAAAGUUUCUGCAUAAUUAAGUGGUUAAGAUGUAAACAAUUUGUUCAGAGUGGUGGUGAAAGGAACUAUACCUCCACCUCUAAAAGAUCCCUCACAGACAGUGAAAUGUAAACCGUCUGUUUGUGUUUUAGGGCUCCAUUAUAUUUGUCUGUCAUUUUUCUUGUAGUGUCCAAUUCCAGAGUGAUGUUGAGGGCACUUGUAAUUUCGAAUGAACAGCAGCCGAAUGUGGACCAGACUGCACUGCAAAUCCUUUGUUCCUAAGCAGCUGAAUGAUGCCACAGUCAUCCGUAAGCAGGCGUCCAAGAGCUCAUACCUGCUUUUUCUGUCUGGUUGGGCUGGAGGGUCUUUACUCUCUCUUGAUUCUCAGCGCAGUGCAGUAACAGAAUUAGGAGUUAGCAAUCUUCUCCAAACAUGUUGCUCCAGUCUGUAAAGGUGAGAUGGAGCUUCAUGUUUUUUUGGACGAAGCUCCUGUAAGUAGUCGGUCGUGGAGGGCAUACUAGAUAACGCGGAACUGACAGAAAACCCCACAGAAUCCUCAGCAGCUAAAUCUACUCUCCGUUGUGUGGGUCAGUGAGUCACUCUUCACCUUCAUUCCAGCUUCCACUCUUUUCAGGAGCCUCACAUUCAGCUCCUCAAAGAUUCUGCAGACAUGCCUCCAAAGCUCAGUCUUAGAAGCUAUGAAGUUUAUCAUUUUCUGAUUAUUGUAAAUCAUUAUCAAACAUUGUUCUUUAUUAUUAGUUUAGUUUUACUAUUGUUAGUGUUUCGCAGUCAAAGAGUCACAAACAUCUGGAAAAUUAAUGAUUUUAAUUAAUGGCCAUUUUCACUGGAAAUUCUCUGACUUUUGCGCAGCUGUGUGUAAACUCAGAAGACUCAUGUAGGUUCUGGUGGUUCUGGAUGGUAAAUAAAACGUAAAAUCUAAAAAUGUAGUCAUGGUGACGCCUGGUUCCCAUCACCACCACUGUAAAGACAUCUGAACCAUUUCAGACCGAACCGCUCUGAAUCUCUGUUUACACCUCACUCACUGAGUUAUGGGAAAUUCUAAGAAAAUUGAUGGAUUUCCACUUUAGGAACACAGCUGUGUUGGAUCUCUCAUCAUGUUUUUUUUUUUUUCCCCCCCCCCUGAGUGUUUGUUGGUGAAGUGUUGGUGGUUGAAGGCGUCUUGUGAUGUGUUAGUGGUGGAGAAUGUGUACAGACGAGGCUGGACUGAGCAGUGUUACUCCCGGACGCUGUGUGUGUGUGUGUGUGUGUGUGUGUGUGUGUGUGUGUGUGUGUGUGUGUACUGAAUCAGUACCUUAACCUUGGCAUGCUGUCUAAACUGGAUUCUAAAAGACGUGGGGGGUGGGGGGUGACUGAGUUUUUAUAAAUGUUAAUCAUGUAUGUAUGUAUGUAUAGUAUGUACGUAUGUAUCAUAUGUAUGUAUGUAAAACAAAUCAAUGAAAAAUGGAAAAAACACUGCUCUUGUGAGAGAUUUCUGUCAUCGGCCUCGUUCACCAUCAUCAGUAUUGAACACUGAUCAGCUGCGUGUUUCACUGUAAAGACAUUCAUAAUUAGUGCUGUUUCAUUGGAAAAAUACCUUGGAGAACUUUGUUUUUUGCCAUCACUGACUCCAAUAUAUUAACAUGAAAUAUUAAUGGGAAAUACAGAACUGCCUUAAUAGAAUAGAAUAGAGAGCAAAGUAAUAGAAUAUAAUGUAAAGGAAUAUAAUGUAGCACUAA